AAACAGGCUCCAUUCUCAGGGAUCCCUCACAGCUUGCCUUUGCAAAGGCUCCUGGUGGCUCCAGCUCUCCGUGCUCCGCUGCCCAAGGGAGGCUGCAGCCACAGGCUGGGACGGACAGGACCUGGAAGCAGACCCAGCAAGCAGAAUACGCCACUGCUCUUCAAAGUUUGGCAUUGGAGAGAUCACGCUGCAUCCAUUCGACUCUGUGUGUAUUCCAGAUGAUUCCUCUUGCCCCUUGCUUGAAUAGUGACCCCUACCCCCACCGCACUGGGGAACGAAGGCCAGGAGGUGGCCUUGCUUGGAAGGAUUCCUGGAUCUGAUUUAAAUUAGCACAUGGUGACUCUGCCUGGACAUCUCCAGGCCACUAAAUAUAGUGCAGCAGCCGCAUGAGUGAAUCUCUGGGUGCAGCAGACACGAUGGAUUGGAACAAAGCCACAAAAAGGCUCCUUUACUGAACAGGGUGGGGAGGACCAGGCUCAGAGGUUAACCAGCACUGAACAGCAUCACCUCAAUCCAGAGCCCUCUGCAUAUGCCAGGGCACGAACACUGUGCUAGCUGUCAAGGCUGAUGGACUCCUCCAGUAGCAACAGAAUAAGAAGAAAAGAAGAGGACAGAAAAUUUUCUGCCUUGGAAGAGUUGGGUCAGUGACACAAUGUCCUCAAAGGGGGGAACUUUUUCACCCAUGAAUGUCACCACCCCGUCUAAUGACACCUCAUGUGGGGCGGACUCUGAGUUCAGAUACCUCCUUUUCACCAUAUUCUACAGCUUCAUCUUCAUUCUGGGCUUCAUUGCCAAUUGCUAUGUGCUGUGGAUUUUCUGCCACGUUUAUGCUUGGAGGAAACUAAACGAAAUCAAGAUCUUCAUGGUGAACCUGAUAGUGGCUGACCUGCUGUUCCUAAUCACACUGCCCCUGUGGAUAGUUUACUAUCACAACAAUGGAAACUGGAUUAUGCCUCCAUUCCUGUGUAACGUGGCCGGCUACUUGUUCUUUGUUAACACCUACUGCUCCAUCGCCUUUUUGACAGUCAUCACAUACAACCGAUUCCAGGCAGUGACCAAGCCCAUCACAGCCGCUCAGUUCCCCACCCGGAGAAGGGGUAUCUUCCUCUCCGCAGCUAUCUGGGUGGUGAUAAUGAGCAGUGCUUUGUACUACCUCGCUAAGGAUGGAAUUAAUGAAAUUAACCAUGGCACCAUCAAGCGGUGUUUUGAGGGCUAUAACACCUCUACCUCUGACAACAAUGUGCCCAUCCUCGCCAGCCACGUUGUCAUAUUCAUUAUUUUUGUCUUCAUUUUCCUGUUUAUACUGGUGUGUAACUUGUUCAUUAUCAAGACACUGCUGACCAAGUCAGUGCAGCUGCAGAAGAGCACCCAUGUCAAGCAGAGGGCAUUCAGGAUGGUGUGCACUGUCCUGGCUGUAUUCAUCAUAUGCUUUGUACCUCACCAUCUCGUUGAACUCCCCUGGACCCUGACGGUCCUAGAGCUGUGGCAGAAGGAAAAUUGUCCGUUGCGCCAGCAGCUCAAUGAUGCCCAUCAGGUGAUGCUAUGCCUCCUGAGCACCAACUGCAUGCUGGACCCUGUCAUCUACUGCUUCCUCACCAAGAAGUUCAGGAAGCAUCUUUCAGAGAAUCUUAAAAGCAUGAAAGGGAGUCGCAAGUGUUCCAGGCAAACCACUGAAACAGUGAUCGAGGGCACAGUGCCCAUCAAUGACCUCCCCACCACCCCCAUGAGAAAUGAAUAUAGCCCUAUCUCCUACUGAGCAGGGCUGGGCCACUUGUGUCAUCAGCUUCCUCCCACUAAGCCAGGCCGGAGAGGGACACAUCAGUGGGCCAGAUCUCUGCAUUUCCAUCAGGAAGAGGAAUUAUGACCAUUCAAUCCCUGUAUCCACAAAUGCAACCAGAGGAAUAGGGACCCAGCAGGGUCUGCAAAGGGGCACCUUCUGACACAUACCGAUGCUUCAUGGGACACUAAUCACAGCUCAGUUUGUUUUCUGUAAAGAAAAAUGCCAUUGACCUUGUACAAGUCUUUCUCCCUCCUCCUAUCUCCUUGUGGGAUCUGUCAGCACUUUAACAUGGGAAGGCAAGGGAAUUGCCAUGAGGCGAGCUCACCCUUAUGAAUGACAGAGAUUCUAUGGAAUCUGAUCCAAGUAACCAGCCUGGAGAGAAGGGGGGUCUGUGAAAGUCGAUGAGUAUUGGUGAUGUGCUGGAAACCUCAGCCAUAGCUCCCCCAAUCCCUGGGAUCCUUAUGUAUAGAUUUUAAGGCCACCAGGGACUAUUAUCUAGUCUGACCUCCUGCAUAUCACUGGCUAGAGAAUGUCACCUAUUCCUAGACCCAGCCCAAUAACUUCUGGUUGAGCUAGCACAUAUCUUUCAGAGAGACCGAAUAUCAACUGAAAACCUCUAAGUGACAGAGGAUGAUUGCCAGCAUAGGAGUUAAGAUAGCACAUGAAUUUAAUGCUGCUUCAUCAUCGCUUUUAUUUAUUAUAGAUGGGAUUAUAAAGAGGGAGUGGCCAUUGUCCCUAAGCUUGUGCUGCUGGAAACAAAGAAAUGUAGCUGGUUGCUUAUUUGAAGACUGUUUUCUGGUAUUUUAUCAUUAAUAAACUAACAGCUUGUGGCCACACCCCAGGGCACCCUCCAAACCACUCAACUGCUGCCGUGGUGUUAAGUCCAGUGCAAAAAUGUCAAGGGUUUUAAGCUCAGGCAUUCAGUCCAGGGUGAAAUGGACCCUGCUCCAAACAGUGCUGGCGGCAGACAAUUUGGGCCCACAGAAAGCUGGCUAUCCUGAGGGUGCCAGGCUUGGUUACAGAGCAGAAGACACUCAAGGCUUCUUGUCUAACCCUGAGUUGCUCAAUACUGAACUUCCUUCAAGCACAGGAAGUAGAACAGGGUGGGGAACUCGGUUUGGUUCUUACAUGAGGUUUUGGUUCCUCAAUUCUUCUAGAAAAAUUUCCCAGCUGGUGAUGGGAAAAACUCAUCUGCCACAUUGACACCGGAAAAAGUUAUUUAUACCAGUUAGCAGCAGCCUAGUGAUACCAGCCAGAGAACUGCUAGGAGUGUUUGUGUGGCAAACUCCAAACCUCUCCAAUCAUCCGACCAACAAUGGUAUUAUAUUAUGCCCAUAUUUCACUGAGAGGAUUCCCAGCUCUUCGAUCCCCAGUCAUCACUGGUGGAUCACUGAAACUUUGAUAUCUGUGAAUGGGCAAAAAGUUUAGACUUUUCCUUUCUACUAAGUACCUCACAGUGGUCACCCAUGCAUUCAGAUGCUACAGUGCAGGACAUGGGUAAGAACCCGAUCAGAACUGCAUGUGCCUUUGCCUCCUCUAGGCAAGACUACUGCAAUGAUCUCUGCUUAGGGCUGCCCAUGAAGACUACACAGGGGCUUCUUCUAGUGCAGAUAUGGCAUCCACUUGAUUAUUAGAGCAAACCAUUCUGAGUGCCUAACACUCAUGCUCAAACCUUUGCCUGGGAUCCCUGUUCAUUUGGAAUGCAAUCCAAAGUAAUGGCAAUGAUCUUCAAAACUCUUAGCGGGCUUACUUGCUGGAGGCACCGCCUCUCACAUUUAUGCCCCACUGUGACAGUUAUUGGAGGAUGUUGUGGCACUCCCCAGGCAUGGUAGCAGAAUUUUCUGGUUUUGGAGAACUCUCCCAUUGGCGGGCUUCCAUUACUUGAGUUUUGCAAAUUUCAGAGAACAAUGGAAGGGGGUGGUGUUUGCUGCAGAGUUUAAGUGUGUUCAUUUUGUACUGUGUGUUCCUGGAAAUCUUGCAAUAGAGACUAGUUUAUGCUACACAUUGUGGAUAACUUUGUACAAAUAUGUUUUGCUCCACUGUGCUUAGCUGCUAUGGCAAUAAGUGCUUUACUACUAGAUGUUUGCAUUUAUUAUCAAAGGGCAAAAACAAAGAUAUUUGCACAGGACAGACAAUGCACUCCAGUUGGAAUUUUUUUUAAACUUACCCAAAUCAUUUAAAAUAUAUGUUUAAAAAUUUUGCUGCGUUUUUCACUUCUGCUUCUGAGAGGAUCAUUUCAAUUUUAGAGGAGGAACAGGAUUAUACUAAUGGGAAAUUGUAAACUGCAUGCAGGACAAGGAUGUCCUGGCCUGACUUAGCAAAAUGGAUCCUCCAGGAGAGUCUUAAAUAAAUAUAAGACUCUGCCCACUUGUGCGCAAUCCUCUAAUAUUUUUUCUACAUUCACCAAUAAAUGGGGAGGAGCGGUGUGAAGGGGACGUGAAGAGAAAUGGGGUAGAAAAAAGUGAUGUUCUCACCCAGACCAAAAUGUAGAAAUUCAUAAAUCUAGCCAAGCUGGAUGCUUGUGAUGAAAUACGCACACAUUUUUAAGAUAGUGCAAACAGGACUAUAAGAAUGACAUAUGUAAUGAUGAACAGAAUCAGGGGAUGAGGACUCAGACAUAAAGGCCAGAAUGGACAAUCACAAUCAUCUAGUCUGACCUCCUGCACAAUUGCAGGCUACAGAACCUCUCCCAACACUCCUGCAAUAGAUCCAUAACCUCUGGCUGAGUUACUGAAGUCCUUAAACAAUGAUUUAAAGACAGAAAAUCCACCAUUUAUUCUAAUUUAAACCAGCAAGUGACCCAUGCCCAUGCUGCAACAGAAGGUGAAAAAACUCCAGAGGAAUAUUUCUAUAACAAUAAAUAGAUGUUGGGGUAGAAUUCAAAGGCAACUGAUACUGUAUUUAACCUUCAUUUAUUUCCUUUGGUGCAGUAGAAAGUACAACUAAGGUCUACAACCCCGCAAAACCAGGUUGCCAUGAUAUCGCACCGUGUUCACUGGCAGCAAUCUUUUUUUUCAAACUACCAAAGAGUAGAUUGUCUGGAAUGACGAAAUAGAAGAUUAAAGCACAAUCUAACCUGUUAAGGGAAAAGGGAAAGAAAUGAGGUUUCAGUAGGAAGCCAACUUCUGAAACACUGGCUUGAGCCAGUAGCCAGUAACAGGUCAAUAACAAGGAGCACUUUCCAAAAGACUGGGAAAGGGAAGAGCUUUGCACUUUGCUUAAAAAGGUGGGCAUCAAAUAUGCUGGGUUUGAAUAGUCCGACUGAAAUGAUUUAAUGGCUGAAAACCAAUUAUUUUCAGAAACUUUCUGUAACAGAGCAAAACGGAGAGAAGAAAGGUGGUUCCAUCCAUUACAAUAAUGAAGUGAGGGUAAUGGACAGUACAGAGGACAAACAAUUGUGGAAACCCAUAAAGUGACUGUUUAGGUCUCCAUAAAGUGACUGUUUAACAGUCAUAUGAAGAAUCAGUAUUGUGAAGAGGGUUUCAAUUUUUUUUUUUUCAGAUUAAGUUUUACAUUGUGAUUUCUGGUAGGUGAAGUUGAGACCGAAUCACCACCUUGCCUGCUGAGAGGAUUGAUGGUAGCUGUAUUCCAUGAGCAUAAAUAUUCUCUCAGGGCCAACUGCAAUACCCCUAUUCACAUUGAGUAGUCCUACUGAAACCAAUGGGAUUAUAUGAGAGGUAAUGUACGAUUCAGUGUUAAGAGUACCAGCUUGAGGGCCAGGUUAUAAAAUACUAGGGACCAGGACUCUCUUUUCAGUUGUGUCUUGUAUUGCACUGAACAUGUUAUAAUUAUAUUUAACAAGUAACUAAUUCUCAAUAAACCACUUUCACACUCAUUCAACCUGGUUUUCAUUUCUCAGCUGAGUGACAGGCUUUUACUAGAGAAAUUUUGGUUUGGAUGUGCUUGUCCUUUCUCCAGUUGGAUUUAGCUAAGGAGGUGCUGAUUUCCCAAUGCCAAGGAAUUCUACAUGUAGCCAAAAAGCUGUGCCAGAUUGGCAAAGUUUAUCUUGCAUUUACCCUUUGGGCUGCUUGCGAGGAUAUGGAGGAUGGAGUUAAAGAAUAUAUUCAUCCACACAUCUUUGUUCACAUGAUCCACUACAUUGUGCCCAAACUACUGUAUUACUGGCCAUUGCCAGGGAACAGGUUGAGACUUAACAUCAGGGACAAGUCAAGUUCCCCUCCUCAUUAUUGGCAAAGAGUUUUAAAGAUUAACCUGAACCAAAACUCUGGUUUUCAAGUUUGGGCCCAUUUCUGUUAAAGGAGACCCUAUGAUCUCAAGGUCAGUAACUGUGAUACUCAAACUACCAAUCAUUCCAUGUGGGAAUCCCAAAGCACUUUCCAAACAUGAAUGUGUUAGGAAGUACUAUUAUCCUUGUUUUACAGAGGGAUUUACACACAGGAAGUUAAUGAUAGUGUUAGGAUACUGCAAGCUGCUUAGGGGAAAAACCCCAAAUCAGCAACCAGUAACUAGUUGCUUGUUUCCCCCCUGAUAUCAGUGAUCGAGAACAAGGGCACAUUUAAAACUGAUCAAAGGAAAUAUUUGUUUGCACAGUGCACAAUUAGCUUGUAGAACUCACUACCACUAGAUAUCAUCUAUAAAGGAGCCCAUUCUGUAUUCAGUGCAAGGUUUGAGUGGAGUGCAGUAAACAAGGCCAGAGACCACACACUGAACAAUGAAGUUAAGGAAAAAGACUGAAUAAGAAACCAUUCCCUGAGCAUCAUCCAGUCUCGGCACGGAAUGAUGCAGGGGUCAUGGAGAAAAAUAAAAUGUGAUUAUGUAAUUAAAGAUUGUAUCACAUGGAUAUGCAUUGGGCAGGUGAAUUAGGGUUGCAAGGGCAACAGUAAUUCUGGCAUUUCCUAAUUUCUGAGUGCUUGAUUUGACUUCACAUUCUUUCAACACAGUUUUUGGGUAAGCAAUCCAUAAUUACACUGAUGGCUAUAAGUGUUAGUAAAAAAUACUAGUAAAGCAAACGCUGGUUUACUAAGUAUACCUCUCAACCUUCAAACCUGCCAGUGUGUGACACAAUCAUUCAAAAGGUGUGACUAAUGACCAAAAUGUGGAACACCUGUGUUGUGUUACGUGUAGUACCAGGACUCACCAUUUGGACAAAAUCCAGCCAGACUGCUGUGAUGAUGUGGUGAGAAAAACCUUUUUGCUUUAAGUUCACUUAGCUUGUUAAGUUAGAUAUUUUUUACCUUUUAUUUCUUUGUAACCAAUUCUGACUUUUAUGCCUCAUUACUUGUAAUCACUUAAAAUCUACCUUUCUGUAAUUAAUAAACUUAUUUUAUUUUUUA